AUGAAGGUCUUCGACAACUUUCACGCCUUUGCAGACCGCUUCAACCGACUCAUCCACAUCACCCAAGCCCUCCUCGUUCUCGGCGCCUUCAUCAUCGGCUGCGCGCUGCUCGCCAACACAUCAAUGCCACGCUCGCGCUCCACAACACUUAUCCUCGUCUACUCGAUCAAAUCCGUAUUUUUCCUGCUCUACCAAUACCUGACAACCCAUAAACAGAGGUUCAUGAGGUGGGCGAGCUUGAAGGCGAACUUUAUCCUGGAUACGUUUGAUUGCUUACUGUGGUUUACGGCGUUUAUUAUUAUGUGUAUGGGGGGCGGACGGUGUGUGGGGAGCAGUUGUGCGUUGAUGGGGGUUGCGGCGACGGUUGCGUUGCUGCUUUGCUUUACGUACUUCGUUACUGCUGUUGGCAUCAACUGGCCGAAGUGGAGGGCGAGUAAGAAGAUCUCGCAGCAGAGUGUUGUUUGA